UGUUAACGCAUUUUUUUUUUAUUUUAAAAUUAUUUAACAUUUUUACAAAUUGAAGUAUUCCCGAUUCUGUACGAAUUAUCAUUUGUCUUCAAGCUAUGGUUCGUACUUGCAUUGUUUGUCAUGUAUCCUCUAAAGAUAAUACAGGCAACGUAUCAUUUCAUUUUUGAAAACAAGUGACGAAAAUAAUCCAUCUCCAAUUGAAGGUAUAGAAAAUGUAAGCGUGUUACCAACAGAGUCAGAGCCAGCUACAUUUUCUGAUUCGUGUGAAGUCGAUUCUAACAGUCAAUAUGAUAUCGCAUUUGCUAUUGAAGAAAAUGCAAAUCUAAAAAUUCAAAAAAACGAUCCAAAUAUGCUUUAUAAAUAUUUAAAAGAAACGUGGUCACCUAAACAAAAUUAUAUUUUCCCUGUAAGUAUGAAUAAAAAAGGUCAUAAAAGAAGCUUUCAAAUUGAAUGGCUAAAUAAGCACAACUGGUUAGCUUAUAGUCGUAAUAGAGAAGGAGCGUUUUGUAAAGUAUGUGUACUUUUUGGACCAAAGUUUGGUGGGAUUGGAGGACAAAGGCUUGUGGUCUUAAAAGAAAUUCCUAUGAUAAAAUACAAAGAUGCUUUACAUGAUUUUAAGAUACAUAUGGAAAGAGAAUAUCAUAAAAUAGCAAUUGUGCGAUCUUUAGAAUUUAUAAAAUGUUUUGAAGGCAAACAAAAAACAAUAAAAAUUCAACUUGAUGACCAACUAAAUGAAACUGUCAAACAAAAUAAAAAGAAAUUAAUUCCUAUAAUUAAAACAAUUAUUUUUUGUGGUCGUCAUAAUAUAUCUAUAAGGAGGCAUAGAGACGAUGUUAAUUUAUGA